GAAGAAAAGGACAAUGCUUUUUAUUGUGACCCUGGGAAGUGUGGGGUUAGUGUACGGUUAAGACUCGGAAUGAGGUCAAAGGACAUGGCAACUUCCUUGUUUUAGAUCGCUGUGUUCCUCACUACCACUCAUGCUUCUUAUGAAACCACUUUGACACCUAAAUCCUUAAAUCACACCACUUUUGUCUUAGUCUCACCCUUUCUUUCUGCUUCUGCUUUCUUCUCUCUUCUCAUUCAGUUUAACAUGGUUUUCUGGAAUUGGAAAAUCCCCAGGCGGAUUCCUUAAUUAGAAUGUGUCUCAGAAGCAUGGGUGUUGCUAAAACAAUGCUGUAUCCGAACCAGAUUGUCUCUGCUUACCAUUUUGGAGAAGACAUCAGGGGUUUCCAAAUAAGUUAAACAUGAUAAAACGGUUUCCAAGUAGGAAUCAUAGGUCCAAAGGGAUCAAGGUAAAACAUGUCCUGCAAUUUCUCCUGUUGCUUGGUGUUUGCUUCUGGUUGAUCUACCAGGUUAAGCACAAUCAUGAUAAGAAGAAGGAAUUUGACAAGAAGGAUCUAAAACAUUCUGUCAGUACCCAGGCUGAUCCGAUCCUGAAACUUGGUAGAAAAGAUCCUCUGCCAGGUAAGCAUGACGAAAGUCAGAAUGAGAAACAUGAGGAAGAUGAGGAAGAUGAACAUAUUGAAGAGGAUGAAGAAAAUAAACAUGAUCAUGAAGAACAGGAAGACGCAGGCAAGCAUGAAAGUGAAGAACAUGAAGAUAACAAUCAUGAAGGCAGAGGCCAAAAUAAACAGGGAGCAGAAGAGCUGGAGGAGGAUGAAAACAAAAAUGAAGAUGUUGAAGAUGAAGGAAGAGGGGUAGGAGACGAUGAGAUUGAUGAAAAUGAUCAAGAGAAAUCAGAGGUGGAUACUACUGAUCGUGAUGAUGAGUUCUUGGACGAAGAGAAAGACAAAGAACAAGAGCCUGAUGAGAAGGAGAACGGAAAUGGGGAUGAGGAAAAAGGAGGUUUAGUUGAAAACCACUUCAAUCAUGAGGCCCGGGAGGAACAUUACAAGGGGGAUGAUGCUUCUAGUGCUGUGACCCAUGAUACUCAUGCAACUAGCACUGAAACUGAGACAGUUAGCUUGGAAAACUCUGAUGUAAACUUAGAAAUGAAUAUCACAAAAUCUGAAAACGAGGCAACUUAUUCAGAUGAAAGUAUCAAGAAUCAAAAUGUUUCAGAUUUGAGGGCUUCAGAAAGUGAUGUGAUCGACGGGAUUUCUUCAAAUGAAACUGCUGUUAAAGAGUCUGGAAAUAAUACUGUGUCCAACCCUGUGGAUGAUAGCUCAUUUCUAAAUAAAUCAACCUCAACAAACUCUGAACCAGGCAGUAAUCUGACAGUAGUGACCACAGGAAUGAGCAAUAACUUGACUGGAGCUGGUAAUGACACUACAAGUUCGUCUGAACAAAAUAAAACAGUGUUAUUAGCUGAAUCUGACCAAGCACAGAGCACCGUGAACAACACAACAAUCACUGAAGAUGUCAAAAUUGUGCAAACAGAGGGAUUAGAUCAGAGUGGCAGUGAACAUUCUGAAGAAAAGCAGCACAAUACUGUUUCGGUUGACUCUGAUAAAACUGAAAAUGGAGAUGCAGCUGCAGGAGAAUCGUCUAACCUAGCAGCUUCAAAUGUAACUGAGAACCCUUACAGAAAUGAGAGGUCUGAAUCUGAUAGCUCUGAUAGUGGCAAGUCCCAAGGUAAUAAUGAAACGAGACAAACUCAGAAUGCUGAUGAAACGUCCGAAGGAGACACUCAAACAAAUGAAACUGAUGAAACAUCAGACACUUCCUCUGCCAAUGAAAGUUUGGAUUCAGCUGAACUUGAUGCCAUUGAUUCUUCUGAUAGUCGUAUCCACGAGGAUGCUGCCGAAGUUCGAACCGAUCUGGAUACAUUGCCAGAUUUCAGAGGUGAAGUAGAUGACGAAACUGCCGCAGAGUGAAGUGGAAAGAAUGUCAAUGGGUUCUUGAAAAGAGCUCUUUCAGUUUUUCUUCUGACCCAUUUGUUAAAAUAUGUUUGCUUGACACAGGUUGUUUCAAGGCAAGAUCUUUAAAGGCCCAAACACAGUUUAGAUGAUAUUUUUAAUGAUUGUAUCAAAGUCUGGAUGUCUGUAAUUUGUUGCUACUAUUUUUCCACUUAUUUUUGCGUGAACUUCUCGUUCUUUCUAUUUUUUCUAUAGGACAUUUUUUUUAUUACAUUAGUUCUCAGUGGAUAAAGGAUGGUGAUUAAGAUCAAUCUUAAUGAGGAUAUCCAUUAUAAAGA